GGAAUGCCUCAGUUAUCAUAUCGCUGUGUUCUGGCCAGCAUACCACCGCCCACACAAGCCUCAAGCCGAAAUGAACCUGCCUCACCAAUUGACGCCUGUUACGCUGUUGUCUGUAUCGAAGUUUCAGCCUAAGACAGAGGAGCAAGCCACCACGAGGGAUGUUCCAGAGAUGUUACCCAGUAACGACAAGGAUUCUACAGAAGUACCGGAAAAGACGCAGGGCCAGCCAGUUUUUCAGCAUGCCGAGAGAGAACCCUCGCUGGUCACCAGCAUCAGACGGGAGGUCGAUGUGGAGAACAAUGUUGUUGGUACGAGCAGUGGAGUCACUGCAGGAGACAGUGUUGCUGCGAACGUGAGAGACAACGUCAACAGCGACUCUCCACCAUCACUGUCAGAAGAUCUACACAUAGAAGAGUCUGGCACCACGGCGGUGGUGUUUACAUUUGCCGCUCUAAGCCAAGUAAGCAUAGGAGCCAGUGUCGCCUUCCUUCCCGUCCUCCUACUUCAGCUGACCAGAAGCACCACCACUUUUCUCAACACGGAACUGCAUCUCAUCCACAGCCAGAUAGUUCUUGCAGACUGUCUAUUGCUGGCGGGGCUGGUGAUAGCGCUGGUGGCAUCUGGGUGGCUGGUGAGUACAAUUGGUCGCCGGUGUUCCAUGAUCGCUGCCACCCUCGUCAGCAUCGCAAGCUGGCUUGUGCACGCUUUAGCAACCGAUGUCACAAUACUUUUCCUCGGGAGAUUUUUGGCAGGUGUUUCGGCUGGAUUCCUGAAGCUGUCAGUCACCACCUACAUCAUGGAAGUGAUUGUCGUCAGCAACCGGGGCAGAGUGUUGGUUUGUCUGGAGAUGAUGAAGAUUUUCGGCUCCAUUAUAAGCUACGGACUGAAUCUCCUCUUGCCGUGGUACCACAUCGCCUUCCUUAACGGUACUUGGAUGGUGGUUUGCAUGAUUGCUUUUAUUUUCCUACCCGAGAGUCCCGCCUUCCUGUUGAUAAAGCAGAAGGAGGAGAAGGCCCUCAAGGAACUGCAGCGGAUUAGGAGUUCUGAUAGCAAAGUGGAUGCGGAGUUGCAGAUUAUCAAAAGCCUCAACCCAGAGGAAAGAGCAAAAUGCACUUCUUUGUUCGGAAAGCCUGUCAUCUCAAACACGAUAACAAUAUUAGGGCUCCUACUGCUGUCCGUGUUCUGCGGCUCACCAAUCAUCAUGAUCCGAGGAGCUGAUAUGCUGCUAUACACCGGGUUUGGUUGGAGGAUGGAGGCGGCCGUUGUUCUGGUGCUUAUCUGCCUCUUCCUCGGUUGCCUGUUGCUGUUCUGCCUCGUAGAUGAGAUCAGUCGUCGCUUGUGUCUCAUGAUGUCACUGGCAAUCCUCGUAGUGGUCAACAUCGCACUUGGUGUCAUCAGUUAUAUAACAUCACACUCCAUUACAGACGCCACGCACGACACGCCCAUGGUACUGGCUCGUGUCUGCCUCAUCCUUGUCGCCGCAUUCACCGUCACCCUCGGCAGCCACACCGUACCCACUAUCCUCGCCGCUGAGUACUUCCAUGCAUACUGUCGGCCUCAGGGCCUCUCUAUGUUCUUCACCAUCAGCGUACUGCUACAGACGCUCAUCCUGUAUCUUCAGCCGCUAAUUGAAGAAACUUUUGGCUUGGCUGGCCUUCACUGGAUCUUCGCUAUCGUGGCUUUCCUGGGCAUUUUCUACACGAACUACUGCGUGCGUGACAUCAAGUACAGAACACAUAAGCUGUCCAACAUCUGCCAUUGGUUGUACAAGGAGAACUUUUAUGAGCCACGCCCUCUUAUCUAAUUUUCUUUUGAUUUUCGUGUUCUGUUUAGAUGGAUGAACUCGUGGCGUCAAGAAGUGUUUGUUUUCAGAAAUAUUUGUUGUCUUGUUUUCAAUAGGGACUUAUCUUACUUCCGCUGCAUCUGAAGUGAGUAUAAUGCAUUUCACUAUAAGAUCAGACAAUAUAACCAGGGAUUAUUUUUCCACUUAUAUACAUAGUGCAUAAUGUAUCGAUGCAAUA